AUGGCUGCAAACGCCAGAUACGAGCCCGCUCCCCAGCGGGACUCCUUCGAAGACAACGCCUUCUCCCAAGCCCCUCCCUCAUACCAGGCUACAGCAGACCCGGAGCCUCGAAGCGAAGACGAUAACCUCCCGGAUGACUUCAAGUUCGGGGGCAUGGUAGCCGAAGGCACGAUUGACAUCCGGAUGCAAUUUGUCCGCAAAGUCUACUCGAUCCUAACCGCGCAGCUCCUCCUCACAACAAUCGUGAGCUCGAUCUCUUUUUUCAAUGAUAGCUACCGCACCUGGAUCCAGGGUCACCCCUGGCUGAUGAUAAUCUCCGUCUUCGGUGCCUUGGGCUUCAUGCUAGCAACCUUCUGGAAACGAAAGUCAUACCCGGCAAACCUACUCUUCCUCUCUGGCUUCACCAUUCUAGAGGCAUACUCGAUCAGCGUGGCGACAUCCUACUACGAGGCCAAUAUCGUGAUGCAAGCGCUCGUCCUGACGCUUGGUAUCUUCGUCGCCUUGACUCUGUUCGCAUGCCAGACCAAAUAUGAUUUCACGGACUGGAUGCCGUACCUGUUCGGUGCGCUCUGGUUUAUGAUUUUGUUUGGGUUUGUGGCUAUGUUCAUUCCCUUUGGUAGUACUGUUGAGAUUAUCUAUGGUUCUCUAGGUGCGCUUAUCUUCUCUGGGUAUAUCCUAGUUGAUACGCAGCUUGUUAUGCGCCAUUAUCAUGUCGAGGAGGAGAUUGCGGCUUCUAUCUCGCUAUAUUUGGAUGUGCUGAAUUUGUUCAUGUCUAUUUUGCGCAUCCUGAAUGGUGCUAAUAACAACAACUGA